AUGGCAACAUUAGCAAUUGAACAGCAAAAUAACACCCACUUAACAGUAACGUCGACGUCGGCUAAAGGCAACCACGGUAACGCGGCUAACACCAACGCUAACGUCAACGCUCUGUGCAGUAGACCCAUUAAAAUCCCCCUACCAGCAGGUGCCGGUUCCACUUCCUUUGCCACACAAUUAUCCACCGGUUCGGCUGAUAGUGCCUGUGUGGUAGCAGCCAGGGGCAGUACCAGUAGCAGCAGUACCAACAAUGAUGAUGAUAUUGGUGGUGGCCACACACCCUGCUCCUCAUUCGUUUCUCUAACAGGGGCCAGUGCAGAGGCACGUCGCAAAGAUGAUAUCUUGGCCAUUACUCAACGUAGUGCCAGUCUGAGCUUACAUGGAGCCGCCCAUCCCAAAUCCCAAUUGCAAAAACUUAAACAGCCUGCCUAUCGUCAGCUGUUGUCUCAAGACAGCGGGAUUGAUAAUGAUCGCGAUUCGGCCGUAGGCUCUCAGCAACAAUUGAAAUCGGCUCAUUGCUCAUCAUCGAGUAAUGAAUCGAUUGGAGCGAAUUCAUCGGGAGAUCUUUCCCAUUCAAAAUACUCAGAGGAUGCCCUCGAAUCGGAAUCCUCUAGUGGCUAUUCGGGUAGUACCCAUAGCUUUGGGGCUUUGAGUUCGGGAAACAAUGGCGGCACACGAAGGAUUAAAUAUAAAUCCUGUAACAGUUCAACCACCCUAGGGUUGGGUGUUGAGGAUCGCAUUGAUGAGGUAGAGGAUUUGCAUUUGGAUGAUGAAGAUGAUGAUGAGGACGUUGAGGAAGAUGUGGUGGAUGGUGAAAAUCCUCAUGACGAAGAUCCCGAUGAUAGUGGCCUGCAAAUGUGUGUUAGUCCCAAUCCAGGCAAGGCCACAUGCACCACCAAGACCGAAUCAGAAGUUCUUGAAAAAGAAGUCAAAAAAUCUUCCGAAAAAUCUGCCGAAGAUUUAAAAACUCCCAAACUUAAGGGCCAGGUCUUGGCCACAGAUGGUAAUUAUUAUUUCCCCCUGCUGAACAUCUCCGAUGAUCCCGUCAUCAAUCCCAAAUUGAUAAAUAAAAAAGAUGGCCUACAGGAUUGCAUGUAUUAUCUCGAUGAAUUCGGCAGCCCGAAGUUACGAGAGAAAUAUGCUCGAAAACAAAAACUCAAGGAGUUAAAACAACAGCAAAAGGCCAAGAAAAAAGCGGCCAAGGAAUUGGCAAAUAUGGCCGAGACUGGCACAAGUGGUAACUCGAAAACCUGCUCCUCGACAGACAACAACACAACAACCACAACCAAAAAACGCCACUGCACAUUUACCACCCAGGAAUGUCAGGAAGCCAAUGAAACAGAAUUACAGCCCCUGCAACCGCAUACAGAAACUAACCCACCCGCCACAAACAAAUCAUCCAAAAACACAUUAGAAACUCACUGUGAUACUAAAGAGAAGAAUAGUCAUUUAAGUUAUGCUAAGAAGAAGUCUACAACAACCACAACAACUACAACUACUGAUAGCUGUAAGAAAAGUCUUUUGAAAAAUGAAGUUGGCGACCAAGAGGAGAGUACCGUGGUGGCCUCCGAAGUUAAAGCCGAUGAUGAUCAUAUUGUCGAUGCAGAACACAAAUGUAAUGAUGAUGACAACAACAAUGGUCCCUGCCCCAAUGAUCCCUGCAAUUUGCGUAAAGCCUCAAUGACAGCGUCCUGUGUUAGCUGGACCAAGGUGAUUCAAUCAACGGGACGGCCGCGUAAAAUAAUUAAAAUUGUCCGCAAGAAAAAGAAAAAUGAUAGUGGUGACGAUUCCACCACAACCUUGGAUACUCGUAACAAUUCCUUUAGCUCAUUGGGUGCCUUUGAUAACCAAAACGAUAUGACUACUACGGCCACCAAACCCACCUUCAAUCGAUCGGCAUCGUGUAACAAUGUCAAACGGAUUAUCACAAAACGUGUCGUCGUACGACGUAACAGCAGUAUAGUUCGUAAACCCAGCACCGGUGAUAUAUUCGGCAAUGAUAAUGACAAAAGUAAUUCAACUCCGCCACCGAAAUUUCAGGCUCAACCUGCUAAGCCAUUGCCGGUAUUUACCACUCAAUCGUUGUUCCAUAAACCGCCAGCCUCAAACAGCAACAACAACAAACAAACGGAAACAAGUGUAAAACUUAAAAUUGCCUCAUCGUCAUCGUCCUCGGCGUCAUCAUCGGAAACGGCCUCAAAAAAAUCGCAUUCGUCUUCCUCCUCAUCGUCUUCGUCGUCGACAACGACAACAACUACUUCAAGUUCAUCGUCGUCAUCGUUGACAUCGACCACAACAACGACCACCACGACGACGACAACAACUUCAAGUUCCAAAACGAAAAAGAAAAAAAUCAAUAAAAAUGCUCUCACACGCAAUCCGAGUAGUAAUAAAAAAUACGCAGAUCCAAGUAGGGAAUUAUAA